AUGUCAAACAUUCCACCUAGCCAGUCUCCUCUAUCCCGUCCUCCUCCUUCAUCUCCAAAUUCUCGACCCAUCGCUCCUUAUGGACCUCAUAAUCCCCAAACGCGGCCUCCAAUGCCCGGUGUGAGUCCAUCGCCACCUUUACCUGCAGGUUAUCGCCCUCCAGGCUUCAGACCUGGAAAUUUACAGAAUCCUUCAGGACGUCCUUUAUCAUAUCCAAAUCAAACUGCUAUGGGUCCUAACUAUCAAGUAAUGUCAGCAAAUUCUACAUCUCCUCCACCUGUUGAAAAUCCUGAAUCUCCAAGUCAACGUUCUCAAACUCCGCCUUCGACAAGUCAUAAACCAAAACGUUUAUAUCCAAAGGAAAUCACUGAGGUCUAUACUGAAUCUAACGCGUACGGCAAUCAAUAUCAACCUUUUACUCCUGCAGUAGCACCUGGUGGCAUUGGACAGCAGAUACAGCCACCAGCCAUUGAUCAGAAUGCGUACCAACAGUCUCAAUUCUUUACCCCAGCUGGUGAUCAGAAUUAUCAGGCAGCAGCGCCUUCGAUGGCACCCACUCAAUAUUCUCAACAAUAUCCUCAACAAUAUCCUCAACAAUAUACUCAACAUCCUUCAAUGAAUGCUUCAAUGGGUGGUUUGACGAAUCAAUUAAAUAAUAUGAAUCUCGGAGGUCAUUCACAGGCUCAAUUAAUUACCGUUAACUUGAUCGGUACUUUGCCAAAUGUCGCAGACUUGGAUGCACCGCCACCACCUAUUAACCUACCACCUAAUUCAUCUGUCACUCAAUCGGACAAAGCAAAUUGCGAACCAUCUUAUAAACGAUGUACGGUCAACUGUGUUCCCACUAAUGCAAGUCUUCUCAGCAAGUCCCGGUUACCAUUUGGUCUUAUCAUUACCCCCUAUAGAAGCUUGAAAGAGGGUGAUGAACCAGUCCCUGUGAUUACAGAUACCGUUAUUGCAAGAUGCCGAAGGUGCAGGACCUAUAUUAAUCCUUUUGUUACUUUCGCUGAAGGUGGACAAAAGUGGAGAUGUAAUUUAUGCUUCUUGCUAAAUGAAGUACCAUCACAAUUUGAUUGGGAUAUACAAACUAGUCAACAGGCAAAUCGAUGGAAACGAGCGGAACUGAACCACGCUGUUGUUGAAUAUGUUCGACCACCUCAACCACCAGUUUAUUUAUUUGUGAUUGAUGUUUCAUUUCCUGCCAUACAAUCCGGUGCUGUUGCAACUGCUGCAAGGACUAUUUUGGAAUCACUAGAUCGAAUACCUAAUGAAGAAAAUCGUACAAAGAUCGGGGUCAUUACUGUGGAUACAUCAUUACACUUUUACAGUCUUAAUUCUAACUCAUCUGAACCUCAAAUGUUGGUUGUUUCUGAUCUUGAAGACGUAUUUCUUCCACAGCCCGAUGAUUUAUUAGUAAAUUUAACUGAAGCUCGUCCAGUGAUUGAAUCAUUGCUUAGUCGUCUUGGUGAUAUGUUCAAAGAUACACACACUGUCGGCAACGCUCUAGGGUCCGCCAUGUUGGCUGGCUUCAAAUUAAUUUCUCCGAUAGGUGGUAAGAUUAUAGUAUUACAGUCUAGUCUACCAAAUAUUGGUCCUGGGCAACUGAAAGCUCGAGAAGAUUCGAAAGCAUUGGGGACUCCAAAAGAAUCUGCUCUUUUACAAUCUGCAGAGCCUUUUUAUAAAAAAUUUGCUGUUGAUUGUUCUCGAUCUCAAGUUUCUGUCGAUAUGUUCUUACUUGGAUCACAGUAUUCUGACGUAGCUACAUUAAGUAGGUCAGAAGAUGCCCUUAAGUUUGCCCAUGAGUUUGCAGAAUUUUUGGCCAGUCCAAUUGCAUUGGAAGCAGUAAUGCGUGUUAGAGCUUCAAAAGGUUUACGUAUGACUUCGUUUUAUGGCAAUUUCUUUGUUCGUCAAACGGAUUUGCUCGCUUUGCCGAGUGUUUCAAGGGAUCACUCUUAUGCCAUUGAAGUUAGUAUAGAAGAAAACAUAGCGACACCAACUGUCUGUUUCCAAACUGCUCUUUUGCAUACAACUUGUUUUGGUGAAAGAAGGAUUCGUGUAUUGACACUGUCGUUGCCAGUAACAAAUAGUAUAACUGAACUUUAUUCUUCAGCUGAUCAAAUAGCUAUAUCGACACUAUUGGCAAAUAAAGCGGUGGAAAGGUCAUUAUCCUCUAAAUUGGAAGAUGCACGAGAUGCGUUAACAAAUAAAAUGAUUGAUAUUUUGGGAGUAUACAAAUCAUCUAUUACUGGGUCUCAAGGAGCUUCACCCCAAUUACAAAUUAGUGACAAUAUGAAAUUGUUACCUUUGCUGGCACUUGGGCUGCUGAAACAUGUUGGGUUGCGCGCUAGUUCACAAAUUCCAACAGAUUUACGGGCUUAUGCGAUGUGCUUAUUGACAACAAUGCCAUCUCAAUUAUUGAUUCCAUAUCUACAUCCACGUUUUUAUUCAUUACAUAACAUGCCUAUCGAUGUUGGAACAUAUGGACCCGAUGGAAUAAUUAUGCCACCGCCUUUAAAUUUAAGUAGUGAAAAAUUAGAACGCCAUGGAGCAUAUUUAUUAGAGGAUGGUCAAAAUAUUUUUAUUUGGCUUGGUAGACAAGUAGUUCCUCAAUUGUGUAUGGAUUUAUUAAAUGUUCGUUCAUACGAAGAAGUCCGUUCUGGAAAGGUUACCUUAUUACAAUUAGACAAUUCAUUCUCACAACAAGUGAAUGCAAUUAUUGGUAAAACUCGAGAAUCACGGCGAGGUGUCUAUUAUCCUCAUCUUUAUAUAGUAAAAGAAGAUGGUGGGGAUCCAUCAUUACGAUUAUGGUUCUUGUCACACAUCAUAGAAGAUCGUACAGAUACAGUAAUGAGUUAUCAACAGUGGUUAGGGCAUUUGAAGGAUAAGAUUAACUCUGGUUCAUUUUAA